AUGAGGCAGCUAACAGAACCGGAGACUAGUGUUGUAUUUGAAAAGCUAGCAGGAUAUAUUGGCAGGAAUAUUUCAUUUUUAGUUGAUAAUAAAGAACAACCUCAUGUUUUUAGAUUACAAAAAGACAGAGUAUACUAUGUUCCUGAGCAUAUUUCUAAGUUAGCGACUAGUGUGGCUAGAUGUAAUUUGAUGUCGUUAGGCAUCUGUUUGGGGAAAUUUACAAAGACAGGUAAGUUUAGGCUACAUGUUACCGCAUUGCCGGUUUUAGCACAGCAUGCGAAAUAUAAGAUUUGGAUUAAACAAAACGGAGAAAUGCCGUUUCUGUAUGGGAACCAUGUUUUGAAGGCUCAUGUUGGUAAGAUGUCGGACGACAUACCUGAGCAUUCAGGUGUGAUAGUAUUCUCGAUGCAUGAUGUGCCUCUGGGAUUUGGUGUGAGUGCAAAGAGUACUUCUGAGGCUCGAGAUCUUCAGCCAAAUGGAAUUGCUGCAUUCAGACAAGCGGAUAUUGGUGAAUAUCUGAGAGAUGAAGACACAUUGUUUACCUAG